AUGUUGCUGACCCGGCGGCGGUGGUGUGCUCGCCAAUCUGCGAAAGCCAGCCGUACGGUGCAAGCGCGCCAGGUGAUGCAGGUGCGCAUCCAACAAACGCCAAGAAGCGAUAGCGUCGGAGGUGUGCCGGUGGUGAAGGUACGCGGGCGGUGCAAGGCGGUGAAGAUUACCGACCGCCGCGGCUGCCAGUGUUGCCCAACUUUUGACGUCGACACCUGCGCUACCCACCCGUCCCCCACGACCCCGGACCCUCCAGACUUGAGCCAUCAGAGCGUGCUCUGCCCCCUUGUUUCCUUUCUUUUCAACAGCUGCGUGCCAGAAACCACCAGCACAAUGGCCGUGCACCACGACCACCACCACCACCACCAUCAUCACCGCCAUCGCCAUCAUCGCCAUCAGCAGCAAGCCUUCUGCUACCACGACCACGAGCCGUCAUCGGCUGAAGCUUUGUCGCCCCCCCUGCCAGCCUCGACUGAAUCGGUCACUGCCAACUCCUCCACCGCCGCCGUUGCCGCGACGCCCUUGUCGGCCUCGCUCUUAUCAUUGUCGCUGGACAACGGCACCAAAGCUCGGUCCAGCACAGACCGACUAGAACUCGCGAUCAAAUCUACGUUCCAUCCGCGCCCCUCCAACCUCGCCCUCCGCCGCGGCACACAUCCCCUUCCCUUUCUGGACACAACCCCUAGCCAAUCGGUCACCAACGACGAGGACCACCACGAAGAGUCUUGGACCCCCGAAGAGCUUGACCAACUCUUUUCCUCCCACACCCACCACCCUCACGAGAACGACAAAGAGGACGGCCAAACCGCCUACAGCCUCCCAUAG